CAUUGCGUCAUCAGCAGCGCCUGUGAGGAGGAGAGCAGCGAUCAUUCAGUUAUUUGCUUCAUCUAUAAAUUGGAAUUAGAAUUAUAUUUAACUGCGGUAUAAAAACACUGUUAGAUCAGCGCGUGUGAUCGGACUGACUGCUGAUUGGGAAGUGUUUAAAGGUGGACUGACAGUUGAGAGAUCCAGCAGUAUGGCGUCAACGAGCGGUCAGGGGGGCGGGGCUCUAUCCACGAGAGGCGGAGCUACAACCAAGAGAAUGAAAUGGGCUUUAGAACUGAGUCUAGGCAACAGCAGGAAUCGUGGUGACCGGCAGAGUAAAGAAGGUGAUGUCAUGUAUCCUGUGGGAUUUUCAGAUAAACCCGUCCCGGACACGAGCGUACAGGAGGCCGACCGAAACCUGGUGGAGAAGAGAUGUUGGGACGUGGCUUUAGGACCGCUGAAGCAGAUCCCCAUGAACCUGUUCAUCAUGUAUAUGUCUGGAAACACCAUCUCCAUCUUCCCCAUCAUGAUGGUGUGUAUGAUGGCCUGGAGACCCAUUCAAGCGCUCAUGUCCAUGUCAGCCACGUUCAAGUUGUUGGAGAGCUCCAGUCAGCAGUGGCUGCAGGGUUUGGUUUAUCUCAUCGGUAACCUGCUCGGAUCGGCAUUGGCCAUCUACAAGUGUCAGUCCAUGGGGCUCCUCCCAACACACUCAUCUGAUUGGCUGGCUUUCAUCGAACCACCCCAGAGACUGGAGAUCAUGGGUGGAGGAAUGGUCAUGUGAAACACACACUCACAAACGCUGAAUAUUUUUAAUCACACAUGCUGAUAAUUAAGUUAUACGUCAUUAAUUAUGUUAACGGUGAUCUUUUGUGUUUUGAACUUUUGCUCUGUUCAAUAAUAUGCUUCAUUAAUAAAGUAAUAUUCCUGUUGUGCUUUUUGAACUCAAAAAAAAAAGAUUCCCGCGUUCUGCAUCCAAACAGCUUGAUUGGGAUAAAUCGGCGUAAAUUAAAGUCAGUCCAAUAAAUAAAUGAUUUAUAAGUACUUGAUGUCUAUAUGAAAUGUCAUUGU